CCAAUUGGUAAACGGUAUUCUCAGACGGGCCGCCUCCAUUGCCAAUGAGAUCUCCUGGCGGGGUCGUUGUGGGCGGGCCGUGGACCCUCCGGUAUAAGGCGGUCCCGGGGGAGUGCGGAGAAAGGGGGGGGUCUCGGCGGCAGGAGGAGGAGUAGGUGCGGGUGAAGAUGGCGGCAGCCGAGGCCGCGAACUGCAUCAUGGAGAAUUUUGUAGCCACCUUGGCUAAUGGGAUGAGCCUCCAGCCGCCUCUUGAAGAAGUCUCCUGUGGCCAGGCAGAAAGCAGCGAGAAGCCCAAUGCUGAGGACAUGACGUCCAAAGAUUACUACUUUGAUUCCUAUGCUCACUUCGGCAUUCACGAGGAGAUGCUGAAAGAUGAGGUGCGCACCCUCACAUACCGAAACUCCAUGUUUCACAACCGGCACCUCUUCAAGGACAAGGUGGUGCUGGACGUGGGCUCCGGCACAGGGAUCCUCUGUAUGUUUGCUGCCAAGGCUGGAGCCCGCAAGGUCAUUGGGAUCGAGUGUUCCAGUAUCUCUGAUUAUGCGGUGAAGAUCGUCAAAGCCAACAAGUUAGACCAUGUGGUGACCAUCAUCAAGGGGAAGGUGGAGGAGGUAGAGCUUCCGGUGGAGAAGGUGGACAUCAUUAUCAGCGAGUGGAUGGGCUACUGCCUUUUCUACGAGUCAAUGCUCAACACCGUGCUCUACGCCCGAGACAAGUGGCUGGCCCCCGAUGGCCUCAUCUUCCCGGACCGAGCCACGCUGUAUGUGACAGCCAUUGAAGACCGUCAGUACAAAGACUACAAGAUUCACUGGUGGGAGAACGUAUACGGCUUUGACAUGUCUUGCAUCAAAGACGUGGCCAUUAAGGAGCCCCUGGUGGAUGUGGUGGACCCCAAGCAGCUGGUCACCAACGCCUGUCUCAUAAAGGAGGUGGACAUCUACACUGUCAAGGUGGAAGACCUGACCUUCACCUCCCCCUUCUGUCUGCAAGUGAAGCGGAAUGACUACGUGCACGCCCUCGUGGCCUACUUCAACAUCGAGUUCACCCGCUGCCACAAGAGGACGGGCUUCUCCACCAGCCCCGAGUCCCCCUACACGCACUGGAAGCAGACCGUGUUCUACAUGGAGGACUACCUGACCGUGAAGACAGGCGAGGAGAUUUUUGGCACCAUCGGCAUGCGGCCCAAUGCCAAGAAUAAUCGUGACCUGGACUUCACCAUUGACCUGGACUUCAAGGGCCAGCUGUGCGAGCUGUCCUGCUCCACCGACUACCGGAUGCGCUGAGGCGGCCCGGCUUCUCCCACCCCGGCCGGGCCGGCCCUCCACGGGCCCAGGGGCUGCGGCGUUCUUAGGCAGUUUGGGGGCUCCCCCUUCCUCUCCUUCCCUCCCUCAGAAGGGGGUUCUAGGGGUCUGGGCUGGGGCGGGGCACAUCGUGACUGUGUUUUUCAUAACUUAUGUUUUUAUAUGGUUGCAUUUACGCCAAUAAAUCCUCAGCUGGGA